AAAUGGAGGCCAUUGGUUUGGCGUUUGGUGGUACAGUUCCAGAUAGCAGCUUCUCUGCCUCAUCGCAUUAUGAUCAUAGGUAUAAACCCUCUUAUGGUCGACUUAAUGGAAAUAGCCGGGGUUGGGCACCCAAAACUACGUUCGAUCCUGCUGACUACCUCCAAAUUGACCUUCUGUAUGAGUAUGUUAUCUGUGCUGUUGCUACCCAAGGAGCUAAUGGUAUCAAUGAGUGGACAAAAAACUACGAGAUUCAGUUAUCAGUGGAUGGUACCACUAUGGUUACCUACCAAGAAAACAAUGCAGACAGGGUCUUUCUCGGAAACUCAAAUCAAAAUGGCAUCGUAAAAAACAAUCUCCAGGAAUUUGAAAGUGCAAAGUUUAUCCGUUUUAAGCCAACGGCAUAUAGUGGCUUUAAAGCUCUGAGAGUGGAAGUUUAUGGAAUACUUCUAACAAAAGUUCCAUCACAACCUCCGGCAGCCUUCAAGUUAACUGCAAGCUCUUCUACCAGCAUCACAGCUUCCUGGCAGUUGCCACCAGUUUUUGCCAGACAUGGAAGAAACAUUACAGGGUUUAAACUGUUCUACAGAAAGAAAGGUUCUGUGGGGUCAGCAACAACCCUGACUAUAAACAGUGGAUCGACAUUAAGUAGAAAUGUCACCUGGCUUGAUAAGUACAUAGAGUACGAAUUUCAAAUGUUGGCCUUCACUUCUGAUGGUGAUGGACCAAAGAGCGCUGUUGAGGUGGAGAGAACAAAAGAAGAUGCUCCAUCACAAGCCCCGAGGAGCUUCAGUGCGACUGCAGUUACUUCUACAAUUAUCACAGCAUCCUGGCAGUUACCACCAGCAGACUCCAGAAAUGGAAUAAUUAUAGGAUUCAAAUUGUUUUACAAAAAGAGAGGCUCUGCUGGACUAGCAACCACCUUGACCAUGAACAAUGGAACAGUAUUAAGUAGAGAUGUCGCUGGGCUUGAUAUUUACACCGAAUAUGAAUUUGAAGUAUUGGCCUUUACUUCAGUUGGUGAUGGACCAAGGAGUUCUCCUGUAGUGGUGGUGAGAACCAUGAAACGUGAUAAACCUCACGUCAAUGAUCUUCCUGAAAGAACCAUUACAGCAGUUGGCGAACUGGUGGUGUUGACUUGUGAUGUUGGUGGUGACCUUGAGGCUUCUGUUACCUGGACCAAAGAUGGACUUACCAGUAUACCUCGCGCUCAGUUCAAGAACAGCGGCAAGAUACUUAUUAUACAGGAUGUUGUCCCUGGUGACAGUGGCGUUUAUGAAUGUAAAGCAAUGAACUUGUUUGGAGAGAGCCGUACAUCUACGGUACUAAUUGUUGCUGUGCCACCCAGAAUUAUGGAAGAGCUUUCCCCUUCUGAAGUAAUUUGUGAAAAGCAAACUCCGUGUUUUCUCUCAUGUCAAGCAUCAAGUUAUAUCCCGUUUAACUACUCUUGGACGAAAGAUGGCCAGGUUCCAACUAGUGAUAACAUCAAGUUGAUGAAUAACAGUAUCAUCGUCACGCCACGGGAUAGACAAGAUUAUGGGGAGUAUGUGUGUCACGCUACAAACAGCCUUGGAUCAACAGAGUAUACAAUUACUCUGCUUUCUCCUAAAGAUGAUCAAGAUGAUGAGGGUAUACCACGAAACAUCUUCCUUGCUAGUGUAAUCGCACUGUCUUGUGCUGUGGUUGUGUUGCUCAUCAUAAUUUGUGGGGUGAUAUGGCAGCGGAGACGAGCUGUUCCCAGUGAAAGGAUACAGGGUAAAGAAAAGGUUGACUUUCACGGCGUCAAAUCUUCACCUGAUCGACAGUCGAAUGAUGAACAAGCUUCAGACCCAAAUACGUAUAUGGAACUCAAAGCCAGGCUCCCGAACCAUAAACAGUCUCAUGUUCCAACUGAGUAUCAGUCGCUACAGGAAGUACCCAUGAACCCCGAAUAUUACAAUAUGGUGCUUCAGAAAGAAAUUGGCGGGAAACAAAAUGAAGAAGUGUAUGAGGAAAUAUGAUAAUCCCCAAAUAAUUUCCUCAAGAACAGACAUGACUACAAUUGGUUUCUGGUCAAGGCAGUUUAUCAGCCAAUUUACAGCAGUGCGGCUGUAAUAGCUUCCUCGGCUAGCAACGACUUUUAUUUGGUCGAUUCGAAAUGAAUUAUAUUAAUCUUUCUCGUAUUUUACGCAUAUCUGUAUAAUUAUAGGGAAUCCAUGUUAUCAAGUGAGAUUUAAUCUGCAAUUGCAUAUCCCAGUGGCAGCAUGAAAAUUUCAAUUCGAGUUAAAAUGAGUUCUGAACCAGAAUUAAAGUUAAAGUGUACUGAAUUUACAAACUCGUUUAAGAGCCAGUAGAUAUAAAAAGAGAGAAAAAUGUAAAAAUGUAAUGGAAGUUGUUCCUUAUAUUUUAACUUUUAAGGAAAAUUACAUUUUUUGAACCGUUUAUUAUGUUCUUAUACAUAGUAGAUUCUUCUAAAUCGUAAAACAAAUCUGGUUUGUACUCUUCCUUUGAAGAAAUUGAAAAAGGUUAGCUAACAGAAUAUUAUUGUUAGAUAUUUGUAGAUAGCUGAUACACUCUAGUCUCUUGAAGAUAUUUCUAAGUCAGCCUAUUUACAAAUUGAAGAAAAUGGGAGAUGAACGUUGUUCGUGUCUCAGGAUAGAGUCACUUAGAGUUGACGAUAGAGUCGACGUUUGGAAUAAUAAUGAGGAUCGAAAUGCACUGAUAGCAGCGUGCUACAAAUAGCGAAACGUAAACAAUCGACCUCAUCGCCUGAUGAAGACGAGCAGUAUUGCAGUCGAAACGUCGCGAUCUACAUCUCAAGUGACUCUAUCGUGAGACAAACGAACAAAGUUCAUCUCCUAUCUUACACCACGAUGAACAAUAAGCACAUAUUUUAUGAACCCUUUAACUCCCAGAUCAAAUUUGUAAUUCUCCUUACUGUCAACGAUACAAUUCUUAUAAUGUUCAUUCAGAGAAUUUAGUAUUGGAUCAACUAAUUAUCCCUAAAUUGAUAUUUUUCUUUAUUCUCAUCACUUAUCUGGUUGAUAUUGUAUUGAUAUUGUAAGGAGAAAUUCUGCCUUGGUCACUCAUGGGAGUUAAAGGGUUAAAUUGAAAAAUGUUUGGAAAGAUUUUUCCAAUGCAAUAAAAUAUAAAUAUUAUUAGAUUCAACUGUAUCUAAGCAACAGAGUGGUUGUAGAUAAUGGAAUAAAAAGUUUUCACGAAAA